AGCUCAUCGCCUCUCCUCUCCUCUCCUCUCUUCUCUUCUCUUCUCUGAGGUCUGGUAUAUUUUUUUCCUCAAGUUUGGAGAACAGAAAGCAACUUUGUAACCAGCGCCCCGGACCAUGGACUUCCCGGCACCAACAGAAAUGGUGGACAUGAAGCUCGGAGAGAAACUCAACGGGACGCUGGGCGCCGAAAGCACGGAUGCCAGUUACACCGGAGCGGAGAAUCAGGAGUUGGAAGAAUUUCUGCCUCAUGUCCCCGGGAAGGAGAAGCAGCGAUUUACUGAUUUCGAGGGGAAGACCUCCUUCGGGAUGUCCGUAUUUAAUCUCAGCAACGCCAUCAUGGGGAGCGGCAUCCUGGGCCUGGCAUACGCCAUGGCGAACACCGGAGUCCUCCUCUUCCUGUUCCUCCUGACGGCCGUCGCCCUUCUGUCCACCUACUCCAUCCACCUGCUGCUGAAGUCUUCUGGAAUUGUCGGGAUUCGCGCCUAUGAGCAGCUGGGGCAAAAAGCCUUCGGGACGCCCGGCAAGUUGGCGGCCGCCAUUGCUAUAACAUUGCAGAACAUCGGAGCCAUGUCCAGUUACUUGUACAUUGUGAAGUCGGAGUUGCCUCUCGUCAUUCAGACGUUCCUGAAACUCUCCGAAAAAACUUCGGACUGGUACCUAAACGGCAAUUACUUGGUCAUCAUGGUGUCGAUCAGCAUCAUCCUGCCGCUGGCGAUGAUGAAGCAGCUGGGGUAUUUGGGGUACACCAGCGGAUUUUCACUAGGCUGUAUGGUGUUCUUUCUGUGCUCGGUGAUGUAUAAGAAGUUUCAGAUCCCGUGCCCGCUGCCGACGGACAGCCUCAACCAGACUUUGAUAGAAAACUUCACCCUGCCCAGCGGGUACGCCUACCAGAACGGGCACGCCGCCACCGUGGAGUCAGACGUGGGACAAUGCGCCCCCAAAAUGUUCACCCUGAACUCCCAGACGGCCUACACGAUUCCCAUCAUGGCGUUUGCCUUUGUCUGUCACCCGGAGGUCCUUCCUAUAUACACUGAGCUGAAGGACGCCUCGAAGCAGAAGAUGCAGCGGGUGUCUAAUAUCUCCAUCGCCGUCAUGUACUGUAUGUAUUUCCUGGCCGCCCUCUUCGGAUACCUCACCUUCUAUGGUGAAGUAGAGUCGGAGCUCCUCCAUACGUUCAGCCGAGUGGACACCUUCGACACCCUGAUCCUGUGUGUGCGGGUGGCUGUGCUCAUUGCCGUCACUCUCACUGUGCCCAUCGUCCUUUUCCCGGUGCGGCGUGCCAUCCAGCACAUGCUCUUCCAGAACAAGGAGUUCAGCUGGAUCCGCCACGUGAUCAUCGCCGUGGUGCUGCUGACGUUAAUUAACCUUUUGGUGAUUUUCGCCCCGACCAUCCUGGGAAUAUUCGGCAUUAUUGGUGCCACCUCCGCUCCGUGUCUGAUCUUCAUCUUCCCCGCCAUCUUCUAUAUCCGGAUCAUGCCCAAAGACAAGGAGCCCAUGAAGUCCCCACCGAAGAUCCUGGCUGCCUGCUUUGCCGGGUUGGGCGUUCUCUUCAUGGUCAUGAGUCUCAGUUUUAUCAUCAUCGAUUGGGCGACCGGAAGCAGUAAAAGCAGCGGCAGCCACUAAUCCCGCUGGAAAAACCUUCUACCGCAAGCCCCGCCCCCCCCAUCACCCCAGGACUUAACAAUGCAAACUGACAAUGCUGCUGGCUCUUCAGUGACGUCAGGAUGAGGACCUGUCACAUGUUUCUAUUUAUCUUCAUUGGGAGGGGGGGAGGGGGGGUCAAUAUUGGGGGGACCUUGUCACCUACUGUUGAGGUGGGCGAAGGUUCUCAUCCAGCUGCUAGUUAGAAUGGUACAUAUCCCCACAGCCCGACUCUGGGAGGGGCAUACUCCGCGGAUGUCUGGUCCCUCUCAUUGGCCCGUAGGAGACGAGGGGCUGUACAUGGUUCGGGUGGUUGGGUUAUCAUCAGUGUCUACUUGUAUAUAGAGGAGGGCGGGGCAGUUAGAAUUGUUCACACUAUUAGCUAAAUGUUGCACAUAAGCUAUUCGUACAUGGAAGGACUUGGCUCAGUUUUCUAAUUGGACCCUUUAAGAUGUCUCAUACAACAAUGUGGCCCUUCAACCUUUUGUGGGGGGCGGGGUUUGUCUGAUGGAAUCUUCCAGCUUACCCUCGUUUUGGGACAACUCAAGUUUUUGAAGUAAGCGAUUCAUAAAUGGAUGGACUUGACUCAGUUCUCGAAUUACCCCCUUAAAGAUAUCUCACACAACAAUAUGGUCCUUCAACCUUUUGGUGGGGGGGUUUGUCUUUUGGAAUCUUCCAGCUUACCCUCGUUUUGGGACAACUCAAGUUUUUGAAGUAAGAUAUUCAUAAAUGGAAGGACUUGACUCAGUUCU